AUGGGGAGGUUGCCUUUGGAAAUCUGUAUGAAGAUAUUCUGUCUUUUGGAUUACCACCAUCUUGCUGUUGCUCAACAAGUAUGUAGGAAGUGGAAGCUCGUGGCUUCAGACAAUGUUCUAUGGUCUAACCUUUUUAAAGAGAGAUGGGGGGAAGAUCAUUCUGCUUUCUAUGCUCCAAUUGGUUCAAAAUCAUGGAAAGAUGUGUAUGAGGUGCAAGAUCGUUGUGAUCGGAUUGGAGUGGGUUUGAAGAUUAUUAGAGAAGGCAUUGAUUACUAUCUUGUUCACCAAGGAGAGAAACAGCGACAUCUGGGUUCAAGAAAAAUUCAGAAAAAGGGUACUGGUCACAGCUGUCAUUCAGAAAUUGACUUCAAUGGAGAAAGUUCUCUAGCUGAAGAGAGAUCAUGUCGUGGAAUUUUGGAUAAAAUCCUUUUUUUCAUUGGAGAUUUAGAAGUUGCUUCUGCAGAAGCAAAACGUACCCGUGUGAUAUAA